CAACCAAUGCCGGCAGAGAAGAAAUGUCUGCACAGCAGAUGAAGGCCGAAGGUCUCUCCUCCAAGGUCGCAGUUCAGACUCUUCUCAUCCACGCACGUGACAACUUCUUAAUCCCCACCAGAGUCUACACGCCGAAAGAGACAGGGUCUUCCUUGUCAAACCUACCAAUCUAUGUCUUCUAUCAUGGUGGUGGUUUUGUCUAUGGAACAUUAGACUCUGAGGAUGCAGCUUGCAGUCGGAUCGUUGCGGCGAUGGAUGUCAUUGUGUUCCACAUAUCGUACCGACAUGCGCCACGACAUCCAUUUCCGGAUGCCCAUAAUGAUGCUCUCGAUGCAUUCAACUGGAUCAUUGAGAAUGCGGAGGGGUUCGGAGGAGAUCUGGGAAAUGUCAUCGUUGGCGGAGUUUCCGCUGGCGCAAACCUCGCAUGCCAUGUCGUCCUGGCCAGAAACGCCGCGCUCGUACGCGAUUAUGAAAACCACGAGGGCGCAAUCAUAAAGGGUCUUGUUCUCGUUACACCGUGGUUGAUCAUCAAUGAGGAACAUAUAUCUUAUGAAGAGUUUGUGGCGAAAGAGAAGGCAUCUCGACUUCAGUGCCUCAACGCACCCGUGGUUUCCAGCAAGGUUCUUGAUUUCUUCGUUGCUUGCAUGGGAGAAGGAGUUCACGAAGGCCACGAUGUCAACCCUGAUGUUGGAUUGCUUAGUGGAAAGAAGCUGAGAGGACUGCCAAGUACUACGAUUAUGGUCGCUGGUAGCGAUCCGCUCAGAGACGAAGGUCUCCUCUUUGCGCAAAAUUUGCACCACAACGGGGUUCCUGUUAAAGUUCAUGUCUUCGCUGGACUUCCACAUGGAUUUAGGAGAUUUGUUGACCUUCCAUCCAGUCGUCGGUGGGAUCAGUUAGUGAUUGAAAGCAUUAAGUGGUCCCUGAGCAAUCAAACAGUAGCAAAUGGCAUGGAUCUUACUUUCAAUGUGGAGUAGGAGAGCCUUGACAAGGAUAGAUCGGGGAAGGGAGCCACCCACUCCCAUGUGACCAAAUCCCUUUCCCUCACCCCGGCUACUGCCGGUGGUCAAAAUAUCCUGAGUAGCUGACAUGAGGAACCAAAAAGUGUCAUUUAGUCUUCUCUCUUGCUUCACUAAGAUUACAACUCUUGAGCCAAUAAAAGGCGCUGUC